GAAAAAUCCCCUGUAGCUUAGAAAUUAGACAUUAUUCUUCCUUUUUCAUUGUCAGGUGCAGAAACCGUUAUGUAGCCAGUGUCCACUGCAGACACAAAAUGAGCUCUUGAAUUCCAUCGUAGUCUUCAUUUCCAGCCUAGAGUCUUGUUAAAAGUGGGUGUUUCUUUGAAAAAGAUUUUUGGAGCAAGCCAGUGGUGGAGGCCGAUGACAUUGUGCUGUUCCUCUGUGGCCACAUUCCAGUGUUCUGACACAGAGAGCGGUGAGCAGGCCGGCGUAAGGGGAAAGCGGGCAGCAGGCGGGCUUUGGCUGGCUCACUCUCUUCUUCUCUCUACGGGAUAAAGGGGAAUGUGUCUGGGACUACUUUUGUGUGUGCCUUUCAGCCUGACUCUGGAGCGAGUCUUGCCAAAGCUGCUGUAAAUGGGAGUAUGCUAUGGAAGGGUGGAGAGGGAGCUUGUGAAACAUAUAUUGUUUGUGUGGCAUGGAGUGGCAGGAAGAAAAAAGGAGCAGGGGAAAGCUGUGGUGAAGGGCGUGUAUGCCAUGAUGCCCGGACAGAUCCCUGACCCUUCGGUGACGGCAGGCUCUUUACCCAGCCUGGGCCCGCUGGCUGGGAUCUCUGCCACGACGCUCACGGACCAGCUAAAAUACGCCGACCUGUGCAGUCUAGGAGCCAUGCUGUCUCCGCUGCACCUCCUGGGCAAGCUGAGCAAGCACCAUCUUCCUAUUAAAGCUGAGAAAGAUGAGGAGGAGGAGAGGAGGAAGAGAAGGCGAGAAAAAAACAAAGUGGCAGCAGCACGAUGUCGAAACAAAAAGAAAGAGCGAACAGAAUAUCUACAAAGGGAGUCCGAGAGGUUGGAGAUGAUGAACUCUGAGCUCAAAGCGCAAAUCGAGGAGCUGAAGCACGAGCGCCAGCAGCUUAUCCUCAUGCUUAACCGUCACCGGCCGACGUGCAUCGUGAGGACAGACAGCGUGAAAACCCCCGAGAGCGAGGCUAACCCACUCCUGGAACAGCUAGAGUCCAAAUGAGGAAAAGUGCAGAGACUCAGAGUGGUGCUUUUCCACACUUACUGUUUACAGGUUAGCUUCCAUACAGCUAGCUAGAAGCACUUAGCUCUAAACUCUUGGACGUUUAAGGGUGAAUGAGUGAAGCACUCCAACCCAUAUGCUUGGAGUUUUUGAGCCUUGUGGAACCCUUGUCUCACCCAUGCAUACAUGUCCCAAUCAGAUUGGGCGAUGUGCUGACGGUUACAAGUUUUUAGUACUUUUUUUUUUUUUUUUUUUUUUUUUUUCCCCCUUCUUCUUCCUCCUGUUUGAGGUCAUUCUGUGCCUCCGAGUUUUUAUCUUAAUCCAGCCAGGCUAACAAGACAGUUUGUAACAGAUAGCAAAAACAAAAUGCACUUCCUCAAGGUAUCAUGUGAGAUCAGUGUUUUGGUCGUGAUUUGCCUCAUGAAAUUGCUUUUUCUUUCAUUCUUUCUUUCUUUCUUUCUUUCUUUCUUUUUUUAAGACGCAGGCGUCAUGUAUGCACAUAUACAGUAUAUGGACUGUUUACAUCUUGUUCUUAUAGUUACCUACAAUUUAUAUAUAUAUUUUUUUUUUCUGAUUUUUUUAUACUUCAUGUACAUUACAUUAUAUGGACUGUUAUCACUAGAUGUGAUACAUUUUUAUAUUACUGCUAUAUAACAGAUAGUUAUAUAACCCCUUUUUCUGUGACUUACUCAUUAUGUUUAAUGGCUGUGAAGAAAUGCAAACAAUAUACACUAUGUAUUUGGGGAGUAUAUUCUACAGUCCUUAAUUAUUAAAUCAGUUCCUCUUCAACUGUU